UAAACAGCGAUAUUAAGAGGAAUUGAGUUGAAAGGGAAGCGGUGGGUUUAGGUUAGGGUUUGGUGAGCGAUAGGGAUGGCGAAGUUCAAUGUGGUGCAGAAGAAAAGAAGAGCUCUAAUAGCAGAGAAGAAGAGACAGCUUCACGGAGACCCUUUAACCGGCAAGCUCAAGAUCAAGGACCAACCCCUUUCCCUAUCCGGAAAACGCAAACGCAAGCUCUUCAAAAAAUGGCGCCGGGACCAAAAGGACGCCUUGCAGAAUGGUUUGGUAACCAUGGAAGAUGUUCAAAUGGCAGUUGCUGAAGGGGAUACCAAAGAUGCCCCUAGACCUUCAGCAAAAAUUCACUUGAAGAAGAAGACAUUGAAACUUAAACAACUCAAGCGCAAAGGGAAGAACAAAAGAAAAUCUGAUGUGCCUGCUGCUGAUGUUUCAGCCGAUGCAAUGGUGGAAUAAACAGGAAAAGCUUUAAUAUUCUACGUACUUGGUAGGGUGGAGGUAGAAGAGGCAAUGUCUGAUGGUAUAAAAUGUUGUAACCCUCGACUCGAGUGAUUGUUAUGGUAUUCCUAUAUUUUAUUUUAUUUACUGACCUGCAUUGAUUAAUAGAAAUUAGAUUAAAACAUGGAAAAUGCUUCUACCGUGACA